GCAAAUACAUAAUGUUCCUAUUAAGGCUGUUAAUUACUUAUGCUGUGCUUUUGCCAACUAGCUAGCUAGCAAGCUUACUUGGGCUAGCGCUAAUGUUAGACACUCUUCGAUUGAUUGCAAAAUUAGCUACAUUUUGGUGAGAUGGGCAUCUUUUACAGCUAAUUUCACAGUCAGAUUAUAUAUUUUGUGUUUGAAUCUGUAGUUCUGUCAUUAGUUAUGUCAUGUUAUUCACUUGGUUUUAAGUGAUGCAAUCUGGAAUCCAACAUUCCCAGAGCUAACGUUAGCUAGCCAACUGUCAAUUUGCCCAUGGUGUCAGUCUGAGAUGCAAGUACAGUCCCUAACUAAUAUAAUACUAGUAUCUAAUAUACUAAUAACUGAACCAGUAUCUGGGCAGAAGAGACGAUGAAUAUGACGAGUUCAUCGCCUCCUCUGCCCAGAUACUGGUUCAACUAAUACCUAGCUACCAUAUAGCUAUGUUGUUUAGCUAACUAGUUAACUUCACAUAGACAUAACGUUAACGUGUUUAACUUCUGUUUCUGGCAAGCUAUUAGCUACUUGGCCAACUAGUUUUUUUUUUGUGCCUUAUUUUAGCAGCUAACUUUAAUUAAUUAGUGCAAAUGUAGGGUCAUUAGACAAAUUGUUGAACUUGUGAACAUAAUCGUUGAGGGAUGUGCAAUGUCAACAAACAAUGUCAAUGCCACCAUCAGCUGUCAGAUGACAAGUGUCAUUUUUUCCUUUUUCCCCUCGAUGAGCCACUAUUAAACAUGAAUUCCUUCCACAACUUGUGUGGAGCGACCAGAGAUCACCCAAACCGAUGAGGUUUUACUGAUCCAGUUAAGAUUGUGUUCCCUUUUCCACAUUUGACAAGCGGAAAGAAUGUCGGAAAGGGCCGAUGAUGACGUCAGGGGGGAGCAGCGCAGAGUGGCCAGGCAGCUGAAGCAGCAACAGCAGCAGAUCCAGCGGGGAGAAGGCUCCACAGCAAUGGCGACUGGUGCGGAGCGCAGAUCCAUGCCUAGUCCAGAAAUAAUGUUGGGACAGCCUUGGAGCAGCUGGGUCGAUGCUGCCAAACUCCACGGCAACGACGGUGCUGAAUCAGAGGAAAGUUUGAAAGAGUUCGGGAAAAAUCGAGAAGCCAUGCGACUGUGCAGAGAUGACAUGCCCAUAUUUGGCCAGUGUCCAGCACAGGACGACUUCUACCUGGUGAUGUGCAGCCACUGCAGUCAGGUGGUGAAACCCCAGGCCUUCCAAGCGCACUACGAGAGAAGACACAGCUCGUCCAGUAAGCCCACCUCCACCUUCGCCCCCUCCUCAGCCUUCCCCCUGUCUGCUCUGUCUCGGAGCAGGAGCAGUGGGACGGGUGGUGGGGGUGUCAGUGGAGGGGCCAUGGGCCGCUCUUCCAGUGGGACCAGCACCUCGUCCAACUCCAAAAUCCUCAAACCAGCCAAAGAGAAGCUACCAGGCAUUCAGCAGAGACCUCACUUCCCUCCCUCACUUCUGCUCAACGACAAGAUCCUGACCCCUGCGGUCAAAGUGGAUAAGAUGCGUCUGAAGGUGGAUUCGUCAGCCAAGCUUGUGCAGGUUCCCUCGGCCCACUUAUUGUCCUCUUCCUCCAGCAGCACUGUGAGCUCCUCGUCACCCCUGAAGCCAGGCCUUAACUGUCCCUCCAUACCAAAGGCUCCCCUGCUUGCCCCCGGCCAGAUCCCCAACGGCAAGGGCCACCUCUCCCUCUCUGCCCUGGACAAGAAGCAGGACAACAGCACCAGUAGCAGACAACACCUCUACAAGAGACUGUCAGAACGUGAGUUUAAUCCAGAUAUCCACUGUGGGGUCCUGGAUAUGACAGCUCGGAAGCCAUGCACACGAUCCCUAACAUGCAAGACACAUUCCCUAAGCCAGCGGAGGGCAGUGCUGGGCCGGAGGAAACGCUUCGAUACACUGUUGGCCGAGCACAAAAGCAAAGCCCGGGAACGGGAACUGCAGCACCCCCACCCCCUGCAGACCACCCCUCUCAGGGAACCCCACCCCUCCCCCUCACGACUAGCCCCCCACCACGACGCCCACCAGGUCGCUCAUGGCAACGGAGCCACCGACGCCACCAAGCCUUUGGCGUUUGGCAAGCCCAAACCUCACAAUCUUGGUCUUCCACGCAUUAUCUCGGAUGGAGGUGGGGGUACCCCGGGAGACCCCCACCACGCUACGUCCGCUCCUGACGGGGGCUCCCGCCUUUCCAGUGACGAGGGGGAGAACGAUGAGCGGGAGGAGGGCACAGACAAACUGGACUGUCACUAUUCAGGUUACCACCCACGGCCGGCAGCUUUUUGUACCUUUGGAAGUCAACUGUUUGGGAAAAGCUGCUACUCGUUUGACCGGCGCUGGGAUCGAAUGCGAUGUGCUCUUACCGCCAUGAUGGACAAGCACGUCAACACUCAGAUGUGGAAAAAAAUCCCUUUCGCCUUGGAGAACUCCUCCUCUUCUUCUUCCUCUGCGCCGGCCCACAGGACAACCACAAACUCCUUGUCCUCAUCACACGGUAGCGCCCCUGCUUCGGGCUUCCUCAGCCCCUCCUCUGCGCCCCUUCCACCCCCCUACACUCAGUCCUACGACAGCAAGUCUGUGCUCUCGUACGGGACCACCUUAAACGCCCGUGCCUCCCCCCAGGGCGCGGCCGACCACCCUGCCUACAGCGCAGCACAGGCCAGACAAGUGUCUUCGUCGCCCCAGAUGCCUUCAGCCCACUCCUCGGUCCCCUCCCUGUCCUCAGGACGACCGCUCAAGUCCAGAUCCAGCGGCAAGUCCUUCAGACCCCGGGAGUCCUCUUCCACAGCUGCCAUAACCAACUCCACCAGCGGGGGCAGCAGUGGAGGAAGCAGCAGCAGCAGCAGCCUCAGCUCGGGGAAGAAGAGGAAGAACAGCUCCCUCCCUACAUCGUCUCACGCUACCACCUACUCCUCAGAGUCCUCUUCCUCUUCCAACACCACCUCUUCCUCCUUCAAGAAGAACUGCACAGUUCACAGUGGCAGCUCAGGGAGCACGUACCACCAUGCCUCGCUAGUCCCCUCCUCCUCCUCGUCUCACAGCGGCGUCCACAGUGUGGGACUCAACUGUGGCCCCAACGCCCGGACCAACUCCCUCAGUCUGAAGGCAGAGCCGUCGGGGCCAGCGGGGUUGUCGGGGCCCGGGGUCAGAGGCCCCCCCUCGGGCAGCCCGGCCGAGUCCAUCAAGAGGAUGAGUGUAGUGAUGAACAGCAGUGACUCCACCCUCUCCCUGGGGCCCUUUGUCCACCAGGCCUCAGAGCACCACAGCAGCUUCAGCCAUGCCCACACUGACGGCCGCCUGGAGGGGAAGAAACGCAAGGGCUCCCCCGCUGUCAGCUCCAUCAACAGUGGAGGAGGUGGUGGUUUAGGGGGCGGUGGCGGGGGGCCGGGCAGGCCCAAAGUGGCCAAGUCUCCAGCCAUCAACAACAUCCACAGCAAACAUGGACGCACAAUCCCAGGAGCCACGGGGCUCCCCAACAACUCCCUCAUCCAUCAGCCAAAGGCCCGCCCCUGACAGCGAUGGCUGGGUUCUCUGUAUGGAACCGAGGGGCGGAUGAAGAGGAGGCAACCUGUGCGCUGCUCUGGACUGCACAAGGCCUUCUAAUACGUUACUCUCAGCUUCCCAAGAUCCUCAGGGUGGAGAUGAUCUGGACAGCCCAGUGACGUCACUGUUAUCGUCUAUAGUGUAACUAUUCCUCCCAAAGCCAUGUAGGAGCGCCAUGUGGAGGUGGCAGGCGUUAACACCCGGGGUGGGUCACACUUGGCCCCCUGUCAGUCAGUGUACCGAGGUAGAUCUUCCUAUGGGGAAGACAGGAGAGAAAAGGAGGAAGUAGGAGCCUGCCUGCCCUUUGACCUAUUGUUUAAAUUCCAGAGGUACGGAGGAAGGGAAAAGUGCUGGCACAACAGCCAUGGCACUGCCCACCAACCGUCAUGACGCAGAGCCACUGGGAUUGACUGGAGAGCCCUCUUGCCGCAAUCUGUUGGCUUCCGAUGAUCUCUUCCGUGGUGUGUGUGUGUGUGUGUGUGUGUGUGUGUGUGUGUGUGUGUGACUUUAGGUUCUACUGGAAAUUCAAAUGUACACCUCCACGCCUGAACUCAGAAGCCUUGGAAGGAGAGGGCAGGAUAAGGAAAAACUGUCAGUUGCAACACUUCGAACACAAUCACAUUGUUGUUUUUUAAUCCUUCCACUACAUUUUGUCGGUUGGUUUUAAUCCGUGUGACGUGUGCGUACAUAACGUCAGGUUAUGUAUAGUAGCCAGAGAUGAACCACAUGAGGAGCAGAUUCAGUCAAUUCUAUAUAUGAGUUCCAUACAUGACCCAAACAAUUAUGCAAGUGUUACUUUUUUAUGUUUCUUAUGUUUUUCACUGAAUUUAACUACAAAAAUCUGUGUGGAGAUGGGGAAGAAAGUAAAUUGUGCAUGCAUAUGUGAAAAAAGGAUGCCUGAUACGACAAUUUGAUUGAACGGUUGUGAAAGAGGGACUACUUGUCUUGAGGACAAGUGUUAAUUCCUACAAUAUUUUUAUCUUACAAAUGAACAGCUACAGUAGACCUAGCCCUAACUGUGAACAGCACUAAACAAACACAGACCCACUACUUGCUUUAGGACAUUUUAAGUCGGGCUUAUUUGCCCCAAAAGCUAGCCAAAGGCAGCCAUCUGUUUCUCCCACCCUAGUCUGUAACCACUAUGCCAGCUUUGGCUAUUGGCUAUUAGGAUUUCCAUUCCGGUACCUUCAGUUAUGUCACAAUACAGUGUUGUAGAGGGGUUUGUCAUGACUCGCAUCACACUUGUCCUUCGUCAAAGCACGGAGUCUUAAACUGGCAAUACUUCUCCGUCUGUCUCUGAGAUGAUGCUCCUUGGGAUCGUGUUUUUUUGGGGGUGCGAGAUUCAUGGAGAUGGCUUCAGAGUAGGUUACUACUUUUUGUAACUCCUGUAAAUUUCGUAAACUCCACUGAUGUCAGGCAGCGAGCUUAGCUGAGGAGCCGAGUAUUUUCUAUCUUACUUUCGCUUUUUCUUGUAUGAAUUGAACAAAUAUCGAAGUAUCCCUAUUUCAGAAUACAUAUUUUAUUAACAAAUUGUACAUAUUGAAAUAUGUAUUUUUGCACAGGCAUUUUCUUAUACAAUUUUUUGGGGUACAAUUGAGAUCAUUAUUAUUUAUUUAGUAAAUGAAAGAACAAGUUUAAGAACUUAACUUAUUUGAAGUGGUUCACUGCCAAGUCUAUAAUGCAAUAGGCCUAUAACUAGAGGUUGAAGCAUCUCAUGAAUCAUGUACUGGGAUCCUUUAAAACAGGGGUGUCAAACUCAAUAUUGCCCCAAGGGCCACAUUCGGUCUUCAACAAGGUGAAUGUAGGUGUAUUAUCAUUUCUACACAGUUUUGAUUUGGUUUUAGUCCUUAAAACAGUGUUCCCCAAAUUUGGCCCAGGGGUGGUUUUAUUUGGUCCCUCAAGCUUUUUACAUUUUAUUUUCAUUGUUGGACAUAAAAGGUAGUAAAACCACCAGGAAAUCAGCUCCAAGUGAUUUUAAUUUUGGAAAUCUGCUCCCAAGUAUUCCCAUACUUAGACACCUGAUCCUAUAUGAAUAUAAGCAAGGUUUGAAAGUAUUGUUUUAGUCAAACAUGAUAUGUUUGGGCUUCUUGCGGUCAAUUAGCAAUAUACAAAUUUAUUAUUUUUAUGUAAUUAUGUUCCGGCCCCCUGACCAUCCGCUCAAAAAAAUCGGCCCACGGCUUUAUCUAGUUAAUGAUCCUUGUUUUAAAGUACAUUGAGUUCAUUUUUUGUUUUGUUUUACUCAAAUCAUCCACAGGGUGGAUUGGACCCCCCUCCAUAUGUUUGACACCCCUGCUUUAAAAGGUAGUGUUGCCACUAGCAUGUGUUUGUGUGACAGACAAUACUUUGUUUUUAACUAUCCAAGGUCUCACCUGUGCUUUUUAAUAUUUUCAAGUUGCCUCUGAAUCAACAAAGAAAUUAUCAUUUUAUUUGACCCAAAUAGCCUGUGAUUCUGAAAUGUCCCGCAGGCUGAAAGCUGUCUAAGCGAUUUCCAUGGAUUCAAUAAUUUACCUUUUUAGAUGAAGACCUUGUAACAUUUCAUAAUUUGAAACACUUUCCCUUAAAGCUGAAGGGACUUAAGCAAUCAUUAAAGCAAGGAAGAUGAACCCUUCAAACAGUGAAACUGCUUGCAUCAUUGUUGCCAAACAUAAUUUGAAGCACAGCGUUUUAAGGAAAUUCUUAGUUUGCAGCUUUUAGAAAUGCUGAAAUAAGAAAGUGCCUGCAUUUGUUUCACACUGACUGUUUGAGGACAGAGCUUUUUUCAUUUCAGUUUUACCUUACUUGAAUGUUCAAAGUGUUUUAGGAGCUUGCUUUUAAAAUAUGCCUAUGAACCCUAAAUGUGGUAAAAACCUGAUAGCUUGUCAGCUAGCUGGUAUGAAAUACUUCGGGCUCUAUUCAAUCCGUAUCGCAGAAGUUCAGCGUUACAUCAUGAUUGCUUUUAAAUUUCAAUGUUCCCGCAUUAGCGGAGACUGCAUUCACGGUAAACGCUGCAUGUUUGCCUGGCUACCCAAACUCCUUGCUCCAAACAGCCGCUAUGCCACACCCACGGAUGUUUUUCUUCUCCGCAAUGAGUCUGGAUCCGAGUACCCCCCUGACGAUUUCUAGAACGUAAACAAAAAACUAAACGUGCACCCCUUGGUGUUCCGAGGAUGGGAAACGCUGUUCUAACCUUUCUGGUCCAGAGCCAGAACACGUGGGUAAUGCAACGUUUGGAAAUUCAGCAUUGGCUUUGAUACUUUAAUUGGGUAGAGAUGAUCCAAUCGCUGAGGACUUUUUGUACACCACCAAACGACUUCAAUGAUGGUAGUGUCAUACUGAAGUAUGUGUCGAAUGAACUAAUUAAGUUUGAGUCGUCAGUCAAUGCAUGUCGGCUCAAUCGGAAAUGACCUUUCUAUUGCCCAUCAGUAAUGCUUCAGCGAUCCACAUUGAAUAGAGCCUGUAGUGUUAACCUUUUUUUUUUUAUUAACGUUUUCCAGUUAAGAGACGUCUGAGAUCUUGGUGCAGACCAGGGGGUGUUGAAGCUCCCUGGUCGGUUAUGAAUUGUUUAACAGGUUCAGUAAAGUGUUUUUGUUUACCCUCAACCUCACUGACAACGCUGACCUUGUUUCCAUAUGAUGGAAACUUUGCAAAGCUGUUUUUAUCAAGUACCACAGCCUUGGAAUGUGAAAGUGAGACAGAACACAGCUUGCGGGAGGAACAUAUUUUCAGUAGAUAACUCCUAUGUAAGAGCGUGUAUAGUAUUUUUUUUUAGAACAUCAGAAUCAUUUGAUCAGCUGGACUUGUGUAUUGGCUGCUAUGUAAUUCAUGAACAAACAUGGUAGGUUAGAUUUACUUAAUAUUUAAGAUUGUAUAGUCUUUGUUUUGUAACAUGUUUCUGUAAAUAAAUAAUUUAUACAGCUAUUUA